UGUGCCGGUAGAGAGGCAUCGCAGGCAGAGCAGCUGAAGCGGCAGACAAAGACACGGAGAGCAGCGCGAUCCUGCAGCAUCCACGCCCACCCACACACACUCACACAGCAGCAGCAGAGCACUGUACCACUGACCCAUAAUUCCUCAGUACAAGACCUCCUUCACCACCACUAUGGAUGCCCCCUCUGAACACGUUGCCAUGGAGCUGGACUUCGGCCAUUUUGAUGAGCGGGACAAGGCGUCUCGGACCUCACGAGGUGGACGGCCCAACGGCCUCCCCAGCCCCACUCACAGCGCUCACUGCAGUUUCUACCGUACACGCACCCUCCAGGCUCUGACCAAUGAGAAGAAGGCUAAGAAGGUACGGUUCUACCGCAACGGCGACCGCUACUUCAAGGGCAUCGUGUAUGCAGUGGCCAGUGACCGUUUCCGCACAUUUGAUGCGCUUCUGGCUGACCUGACCCGCUCUCUGUCUGACCAUAUCAACCUGCCACAGGGGGUCAGAUACAUCUUCACCAUCGAUGGAUCACUGAAGAUCACCAAUCUGGAUGAGCUCGAGGAAGGUGAGAGCUAUGUUUGCGCCUCCGAGAACUACUACAAGAAAGUGGACUACACCAAAAAUGUGAACCCCAACUGGUCGGUCAACGUGAAAGCAUCAGCCAGCCAGAAGAACAUGCUAGCCAACCGCUCCGCCGGUGAGGCGAGGGAGACCAAGGACUUUGUGCGACCCAAGCUGGUGACGGUGAUGAGGAGCGGGGUGAAGCCGAGGAAGGCUGUCCGUGUGCUGCUCAAUAAGAAGACGGCACACUCUUUCGAGCAGGUGCUCACUGACAUCACAGAGGCCAUCAAACUCGAGAGCGGAGCCGUGAAAAGGAUCUACACACUGGAUGGCAAACAGGUGACUUGCUUACAAGAUUUCUUUGGUGAUGACGACGUUUUCAUUGCCUGUGGACCAGAAAAAUUCCGCUAUGCACAAGAUGACUUCUCUCUGGAUGAAAACGAGUGUCGGGUAAUGAAGGCCCCUAAAGGACAGAGGGGCUCCAAGAGUCCCGGCCCAAUGCGACGCUGCAAGUCUCCGGCUGAUUCCACUAACGGAACAGGCUCCAGUAGUCAGCUCUCUACGCCCAUCUCUAAGCAGUCGCCCAUCUCGACCCCGACUAGCCCCGGCAGCACUCGCAAACAAAAGGAUCUAUACUUGCCUCUGUCUCUUGAAGAUGAAGAUUCACAGGGGGAGUCCAUGUAGACUCUUUCCGCUCCGCACGCCGAUCAACAUGCCAGUAACAGAGGCAU